AUGGAAGACUACUUUGAUGUGGACGACAGCCUGAAUGACACGUACGACUAUGAGGACUACCACACGAUCUGUGACAAAGAGGCGGUGCGCUCCUUCGGCGGUGUGUUCCUGCCAAUCAUGUACGCUGUGGCUCUGGUGGUGGGUCUGUCGGGAAACGCCCUGGUGCUGGUGGUCUACACGUCCCGCCUGCGCCUCCGCACCCUGACAGACGUGUGCAUCCUGAACCUGGCCAUCUCCGACCUGCUGCUCCUCUUCACGCUGCCGUUCUGGGCGGCGGACGCAGUUCACGGCUGGAAGUUGGGCUCCGCGACUUGUAAAAUCACGUCUUUCGCCUACAGCGCUAACUUCAGCUGCGGCAUGCUGCUGCUGGCCUGCAUCAGCGUGGAUCGGUACAGAGCGGUGAUGCAGGUGACAAGGGGACGUCCCGGAGGAAACUCUAAAGUUAGGGUUCAGUGGCUGCUGGUGUGUGUUGCAUUGUGGGCCACAGCUUGCUUCCUAAGUCUUCCAGAGCUAAUCUUCUCCACAGUCAAACACUCCCACUACCGCAUGUCCUGCACGGCUAUGUACCCAGCUCACAUGGCCAAAGCUACCAAGGCCGCUCUGGAGCUGCUGGAGGUCCUACUCAGGUUCUUGGUGCCGUUUGUGGUCAUGGCGGUGUGCUACAGCUGUGUGGGCCGGGUUCUGAGCAGGGGGGCCGGGGGACAGAGGCAGAAGAAGUGGCGAGCUCUGCGUGUGCUCCUGGCUGUGGUGGCCGUGUUCCUGCUCACUCAGCUGCCGUACACCGUGGUCAAACUGUGCCGCGCCCUGGACGUCAUCUACGGCCACGUGACCGACUGCGACGCCAGCAAGAGCCUGGACUACGCGCUGCAGGUGACGGAGAGCCUGGCCCUGACGCACGCCUGCAUCAACCCUCUGCUCUACGCCUGCAUGGGCUCCUCCUUCCGGCCGCACAUCCUGAAAGCUGCUAAACGCCUGGGUCAGAGUCUGGGCAGUCACCCGCGGCACCCGCAGGAACCCGCUGUGGAGAUCCCCCUCAACACCUGCUCACAAGUGCAAUCACAGUCUGCCUCUGACCAUCAGGACACCAGCACCUUCUCCAUUUAA